GACAAUCACUUCUCUUUCUGUCUCCGCAGCACCCAGAUGAACGAAGCCCCAGACCCCGAAAUGCCCCCGCAGCCCCCGGUGGACACCUCGCCGGGCUCCCCGGACCGGGGCGACGUCUCGGUGGUGAUCGUGGGGGUGCCGGGCUGCGGCAAGUCGGCCCUGCUCAAUGCCGCGCGGGGCCUGGCGGAGGACGACGCCCGCGCGGCCCCGCUGGGGGCCCCGGCGAGCUCCGGGGGGCCCGUGCUGUACCCCGACCCGGCCCGGCCCAACCUGCUGCUCUGGGAGCUGCCCCUGACAGAGGGCGAGGGGCCGGAGCGCUGGCUGGCCGAGGGGGACGUGGUGCUCCUGGCCACCGACGGGCUAUUCGGUGCCAGCCAUGCCCGCCUGGCCCAGGAGGCCCGCGGCGCCGGCAAGACGGUGCAUUUCGCCCGCACCAAGGCUGACCUGGACCUGCACACCCUCCGGCGGCUCCUGGGAGAGCGCUACGACCGGGCCCAGGCCCUCGACGCCCUCCGGGCCGCCUGCACCCAGUCCCUGGUGGCCCAUGGCCUCGGGGAGCCCCUGCCUGUCGUCUUCCUCGUCUCCGGCCACGAGCCCCGAGAGCUGGACGGUCCCCUGCUGCGCCAGGCUCUGGUGGGAGACGUCAGGAUGUACGAGAGGGUGCUGCGCCCCACGCUCUCCGGCUUUGAGCAGAUCAGCGAGCGGGAGGUGGCCGAGAUUCAGGAGGCCUACGAGCUGGGCGGCCUGGCGGAGGUGGUGACCCGGGUCCAGUGCAGCCUGGAGACCCUGUGGAACGCCCGGCUGGAUGUGGCCGUCACCGGGGAGUCAGGGGCUGGCAAGUCCACCUUCGUCAACGCCCUGCGAGGCCUGAGUGACGAGGACGAGGGGGCGGCCCAGACCGGCGUGACCGAGACCACGGCCCAGCCCACGGCCUACCCCUACCCCGGCUACCCCAACGUGACACUGUGGGACCUGCCGGGCAUCGGGACACCCAGCUUCCGGGCCGACCGCUACCUCGAGGCCGUGAAUUUCACUCGCUACGACUUCUUCAUCAUCCUGGCCUCGGAGAGGUUCAAGGAGAACCACGUCCGCCUGGCCCGGGCCAUCGUGGAGCAAGGCAAACGCUUCUACUUCGUGCGCGCCAAGGUAGACAACGACCUGGAGGCCACGCGGAGGAGGAAGAACCCGCCCGAGGAAGAGGAAGUGCUGGAGGAGAUCAGGAGGGAUUGCCGGGAACGGCUGGGUCAGGCCGGGCUGGGCGACGCCAAGGUCUUCCUCCUCAGCAGCUUCGAGAUGGAGAAAUACGACUUCCAGGCCUUCGAGGACACCUUGGAGCGAGAGCUGCCCGGGCACAAGCGUCACGCCUUCCUCCUCUCCCUGCCCAACCUCUCGGGGGCCAUCAUCGAGAAGAAGCGGCAGCUGCUCCACCAGGAGGUCUGGAAGGUGGCCUUGGUCUCCAGCCUGGUGGCCGCCGUGCCCUUGCCGGGGCUGGCCUUCACCUGCGACGUCUCCAUCCUGCUGAGGAAACUGGCCGCCUACCGGCAGGAUUUCGGGCUGGACGCGGCCUCCCUGGCCCGGCUGGCGGAGAGGGCCGGGAAGCCGCUGGAGGUGCUGCGGGCCGAGGUGCGCAGCGUGCUCGGGCGCAGCAUCAACAAGGAGGUGGUGAUCGGGCUGCUGGGGAAGGCCACCGGCGGGGGCUUGGUGGUGGUCAACUUCUUCUUCCACCGGAUCCCCAUCUACGGGGCGCUGGCCUCCGGGGGCAUCUCCUUCCACACCACCUACUCCAUGCUCAGCCAGUGCCUGGAGGAGCUGGCGGCCGACUCCCAGCGGGUUCUCGUCAAGGCCUUCGACAGCGAGGUCUGAGGGGGCUUCCAGCCAAGCUUGGGGAUCCCCUCCCGCAGCUAAGGCAGAACGGCCGUGUUCUUGUAGGGUCUCUCGGGCGGGCUGGGGGCCGCGUGCAUUGCUUGGUUAUUGUAGGGUCUCCUGAAAGGGGCCUCCACGCCCAGUCCUCUCCCGAAAUCUCUGGUCCCUCCCCCCCGCCCUGUAUUCCCAUAGCUACUGUCUCAGCACAGCCACCCUUAUAGCGACCCCCCCGCUGGGUCAAUCGGCCGAAGCGCCACUGUAGUCAAUGGGGCCAGUUCCCCAGCUGGCCCCGGUGCCCCAGGGCGGCGCUAGGGGACGCUGUGCCGCAGGGAGUGGGGUGGGGGCUCUCCCCCGGUGCCCCAGGGCGGCUCUAGGGGGCGCUGUGCCGCAGGGAGCGGGGUGGGGGCUCUCCCCCCGGUGCCCCAGCGCGGCGCUAGGGGGCGCUGUGCCGCAGGGAGCGGGGUGGGGGCUCUCCCCCGGUGCCCCAGCGCGGC